AUGCUCAGCCCACGCAGCCCGCACGCGCGGGGCGCUGCCGCGCGUGCGGCGCGCGAGACGCUGGGCUGCUGUGUCGGGCGGCGGAGCAUCGCUGGCAUCCCACGGGAGGUGGUGGUGGCCAGUGCAGCGCGGACACCCAUAGGCGCCUUCUGUGGUGCCCUGUCGCUCAUGCCCGUGCAUCGCUUGGGUGCCGCGGCCCUGGGCGCCGCCGUGCGGCGGGCGGGGCUGGAACCACACGAGGUGGAGAUGGUGCUGAUGGGCCAUGCGAUGACGGCCGGCUGUGGCAGCCACACGGCGCGCCAGGCGGCCCAUGCGGCCGAGCUGCCGGCGACGGUGGACUGCACGGGCGUGAACAAAGGCUGCGCGUCUGGGCUGAAGGCGAUCACCUUGGCGGCUCAGGCGAUUGCCAUGGGGCAGGUGGAUGUGGCGCUCUGUGGAGGCAUGGAGAGCAUGUCGCAAGUGCCCUACUUUCUCCGCCAUGCACGGCGGGGAGGAUAUCACUAUGGCCACGGGACCUUGGAAGAUUCCGCACUGUCCGAUGGGCGCCUCGGCGCCCAAUCCGAGGACCGAAGAGAGUUGGGCCUGAACCGUGCCGCACAGGACCGCUAUGCGCUGGAGAGUUAUGCGAAAGCGGCCAAGGCUUGGCAACAGGGCGCCUUUGAUUUGGAAGUGGCACCCGUGAGGGUGAAGAACCCCGCGGCCGAGCGCGACGCCAUGGAGAAGCGCUCCAUCAUCAUGAGCGACGCUCGGAUUUGGGAUGGCUUGGGACCGGCAUUUGGGUCUCCAUCUCCGGCGCUCGCGGGCACGCUGGGUGCUUGUGAGGGGUGGCAGUCGGACCAGUCCCAUGGAGGAGGUUUCAGGGACCUCAUCGAUGGCGCCAUCGAUCUCCAGGAAGAUGGCACCAUCACCGCAGCCAACGCCUCGUCUCUGAACGACGGCGCCGCCGCGCUGGUCUUGAUCAGUGAGCCGCGCGCCAGGGACCUGGGCAUUACCGGUCUGGCACGACGCUUGGCGUGCAACGCGUGGGUGGAGGCGGGCAUUUGCGCCUUCGCGGACGCCGCGGUGGAGCCGCGGCACGUGGCCAAGGCACCGGCGGCGGCGAUUGGCCGUGCACUCUCCGCGGCGCGGAUGAACACCGUGAACUUCUAUGAGAUCCACGAAACCUUCAGCGCGGUGGCUUUGGCCAACAUGCAGCUCUUGGACUUGGAUCCCUCGCGGGUGAACGUCAACGGCGGCGCUGUGGCGCUGGGGCACCCCAUUGGCGCCUCGGGUGCGCGCAUCGUGGCCACCCUGCUGAGUGUCCUCACCCAGCAGGCCGGCAUGAGGGGGAAAGAGAAGUGA